CCGCGGAGCUUGCGACUGCCCCACUCGCCUCUCCCGUCUCCUUCCCAACGCGAUGGCCUCGGCGCUGAGCUAUGUCUCCAAGUUCAAGUCCUUCGUGAUCUUGUUCUUCACCCCGUUACUGUUGCUGCCGCUCAUCGUUCUGAUGCCCGCCAAGCUUGUCAGGUGUGCCUAUGUCAUCAUCCUCAUGGCUGUUUACUGGUGCACAGAAGUCAUCCCUCUGGCUGUCACCUCCCUCCUGCCUGCCUUGCUCUUCCCACUCUUUAAGAUUCUGGACUCCAAGCAGGUGUGUGUCCAGUACAUGAAGGACACCAACAUGCUGUUCCUGGGUGGCCUCAUCGUGGCUGUGGCUGUGGAACGCUGGAACUUGCACAAGAGGAUCGCCCUGCGCACGCUCCUCUGGGUGGGGGCCAAGCCCGCACAGCUGAUGCUGGGCUUCAUGGGUAUCACCGCCUUUCUCUCCAUGUGGAUCAGCAACACGGCCACCACGGCCAUGAUGGUGCCUAUUGUGGAGGCCAUGCUGCAGCAGAUGGAGGCCACCACCGCAGCCACAGAGGCUGGCCUGGGGGCCCUGGAGCUGGUGGACAAAGGCAAGGCCAGCGAGCUGCCAGGGAGCCCCGUGAUUUUUGAAGGCCCUGCUAUGGGGCAGCAGGAGGACCGUGAUAGGAAGAGCAUGUGCAAGGCCAUGACCCUGUGCGUGUGCUACGCGGCCAGCAUCGGAGGCACGGCCACCCUGACUGGGACGGGGCCCAACGUGGUGCUCCUGGGCCAGAUGCACGAAUUGUUUCCUGACAGCAAGGACAUCGUGAACUUCGCCUCUUGGUUUGGAUUUGCCUUCCCCAACAUGCUGAUAAUGCUGCUGCUCGCCUGGUUGUGGCUCCAGUGUAUUUAUAUGAGAUUCGAUUUUAAAAAGUCCUGGGGAUGCGGGCUGGAGAGGAAGAAUAACGAGCAGGCUGCGUAUGAGGUGCUGCGGGAGGAGUAUAGGAAGCUGGGGCCCUUCUCCUUCGCCGAGGUCAAUGUCCUGCUCUGCUUUCUCCUGCUGGUCGGCCUGUGGUUCUCCAGGGACCCCGGCUUCAUGCCCGGCUGGCUGUCAGUUGCCUGGGCGGAAGGCGAAACAAAGUACGCCUCUGACGCCACUGCGGCUAUCUUUGUGGCCAUCUUGCUAUUCAUUGUGCCUUCUCAGAAGCCCAAGUUUAACUUUGGCAGCCAGACUGAGGAAGAAAGGAGGACCCCGUUUUACCCCCCCGCACUGCUGAAUUGGAAGGUGACCCAGGAGAAAGUGCCCUGGGGCAUCGUGCUGCUACUAGGGGGCGGCUUUGCUCUGGCUAAAGGUUGCGAGGCCUCGGGGCUGUCUGAAUGGAUGGGGAAGCAGAUGGAGCCCUUGCACGCUGUGCCCCCCGGAGCCAUCACCUUGAUCUUGUCCUUACUCAUUGCUGUGUUCACUGAGUGUACAAGCAACGUAGCCACCACCACCCUGUUCCUGCCCAUCUUUGCCUCCAUGUCACGUUCCAUUGGCCUCAAUCCACUGUAUGUCAUGCUCCCCUGUACCCUGAGUGCAUCCUUUGCCUUCAUGCUGCCUGUGGCCACGCCACCUAAUGCCAUCGUGUUUGCCUAUGGACACCUCAAGGUUUCUGACAUGGUGAAAACAGGACUAAUGAUGAACAUAAUUGGAGUCUUCUGUGUAUUUUUGGCGGUCAACACCUGGGGACGGGUCAUAUUUGACUUGGACCAUUUCCCUGACUGGGCUAAUGUGACGCAUAUUGCUCCUUAGGAAGAACCACAAGACUCUGUGUACAGGCCCUGCCCUCCUCAGGAUUCCCGAAACUUCCGUACACCUUGUAGCAGAGCUUUGGGGUUCACAACCCAAAGGGACCCAGUGACGCCCACAUCCUACAGAGACCCAGCCAAUGGCCCACCUCUUCCUCCAGGCCCGGGUUCAUAGCUGUGGAUGGGAGGCUGGUGGGCAGGCUCAGAAGUGAAGGGAGCCUCCCGAGGCGGCUGGCAUCCAUCUUUACUGGGGACCUGCUAUCAUCUCUGGGACAGGCAGGCUGCAGAGGGACCAGUAUAGAGGCCCCUGUCCCCACCUGGCCUCCAGGUGGCCCUAUGUUAAGGUCUGGAGUCCACGUUUUGUUCGAAGGUCACCUAAAUGGGACUCAGAGCCCCAUCUGCAAGGUGAGAAAACCACCUUCCAGAGCCUGUGCUUUUGCACCUUACUUUGGGCAACCUUGGCUCACUCCUGUCACUUGGAAGGGACAACCCAGCCCAGGGACAGAACAUCUGGUCCUGGGCAGCUUCCCAGCACUGGUGUGAGUGGGAAUCAGACCUUCCCGGAACUACCAGGGAUAUGGCGCCACCACCAAAGGAUGAGGAAUUUAAACUGAAACAUCCAGGUGACACCACCCACAGCAUACCCCUGGCUACCCUGCUCUUGCCUUCCCUCCUUCCACUUUAACUGAUAAUUUGGACCCUUUCCCAGCUCUGUGCGGUACACCUCCCCCCCACCUCCUAGGUCCCUUUGUUGUCUGGGCCAACAUUUGCUGGAAUUCCCUGGCUGGGCCCUCUGGCUCCCCUUUCUCUCCCAGGCACGUGAACUUCGCUCUCUUGGGAGAUGCUUGUCCACACAGCAGCCCACACAGCUGGGAUCACACUCCAAGCACAGGCAGCAAUGCUCUUUGGGGCCAUAGUCAUGUACCUAGGUCCUCCCCCACCUGCAGGCCCAGAGUGGGCACAGCUGUUAGUUGCACUCUGAAGCAGGGUCCCUUCAGAGUUCGUCGGUUAUGCUAGAGUGUGAGCUCCACUGGGGAAAGCCCUCCCUUUGCUGACUGUCCUCUGCAGCAAUGCCUGGUAGUAACAGCAUCGCUGAGAGUGAACAGUGCUUGGUGGUCCCUGAGUAGAAGCCCCUGCCCAUGAGCAAACCUACCCGAAGGUCCUGGGCAAAGACUCCGGAGUGGCCUUGGGAACCCUCAGAACCCAGGGAGAGAGACAUGAGAGACACCCGCCCUCUUGUCCACCAACCUAUUUUCUUUCCUCCUUGUGUUUGGAAGAGACAUAUGAGGCUCACUGACGGCAUUUUUAAGGGCAGGAGAAAAUAUGGGGGCCCAGGGUACCCCACUCAAGGACCCAGCAUGUAUCUGGUUUGCUGGGUAAGAUGGUUCCUGACAGUCCCCUCUGUAUGCACGGAACAGGGCACUGAGUUGACCGUCCCUGGCUUUCCGCCAUGUGUGGGGGCGGGGACAGGUAGGUGAAUAAACUCUGCCCACCUCGUGUGUGCCGGCCCCUCGCACCCGGAGCACGCGAUCUUUAUCUGCCCCCAUCUCUGCAGCAGCCCUGUGAAGGUGGCAGCUGCCAUUGCCCUCCUUUAUCUGUCACCAAUACUGAGGCUCGGAGAGGCCAAGAUGUGUGUCCAAGGUCCCAUUGGUAGCAGGUAGGGUUCCAGUCCAGACCUUCUGCCUCCACGUCCACUGCUCCUUCCUCUAGCCACUAAGGACCGUGGCCUUAUAGGGCCUACAUGGAAAGAUGGGCAGCCAAGAGGCCAAGGCCCUGCCUGCUCAGGGGUGAGCACUAAACAAGAGCCCCUUUCUGCUGCCUCCUUGGAGGGGCUCUGGAAAGUGUUGGAGCAGACAGGGCUGGUCUUUGCCCCAGGCAGAAGCACCUGGUUGGAGAGAGCAGCGUGAAAAUGGCUACCUGCUCUGCUGCUGCCACUAUUGUCCACACCACUGCUGUUGGCCUGUCUGCCCCACCAGUCUGGGGGCUCCCCAAGGGCUCACCCCACCUGUGCACCCAGAUCGGGCACUGUGGCUGACCCAAAGCAGGCCAUCCAAGUGUGACUGGUAAACAGAUGGUCCCUCAGUGUGGGCAGGUAGAUGCACACCUGGUAGUAGUGAGCAACGUUAGGAAGGUCGUCCAAGGCACUGAAGGAUGGUAGGGUGGGGAAGGCUGUGCUGGAGUGGGUGGGUGACAUGGGGGAUUCUAUCUGGGUGAGGGCUGACGGGAAAGCUGGGUGGGGGCUUCAGGAAUGCAGACUCAAGGCUCAGAAGGGUGACCAAAGGCUGUUUGUAAAAUAACUUCUCUUGAAGUAGGCUGGAGUUGUACUAAUAGUAUGGCCAGUGUCACCCAGGAUUGCUUUUGGCUACAAAUAAGAGAAAACUCAGUUGACAGCAGCUUAAACCUUAAGGGCAUUGAUUGUCUACUUAACAAGAAGUCUGGAGGUAGACGGUUGCUGGCAUUGGUCCAACAGUUCACUUAGGCCACCAAGGACUUAAGCUCCAUCGAUCCCUAUGCGUGUCACCCCUUCACUGCCAGCCUUGACCCUCAGGCUAUAUACACAUCUGCAUUGAAGGCAGGAAGAAAAGGGUGUGGGAUGUGGGCAUGACGGUUCCUAUUGAAUCUUUCCCUUUUAUUAGGAAAGCAAAAGCUUUUUCAGAAGCCCUCCCAGUAUUCCCAUUAUGUUUUAUUGGCCAGAACUAAGUCAUACGCCUACCCUUAGGCCGAUCAUUGACAAAGGGGAAUUGGAGUACCACUGGAGAACCAGGACGCCAGUUAGGACUCAUUUCUUGGGCUUGGGGAAUUGGCCUCUGUUUCCUGAAAUCAAGAGAUUUCCACCCAAACAAAAUCUGGGUUCUGGCAGGAAAAAAGGAGGAGGAGCUUUUGGGGAGGUGAUGAACAGCAUCUGGUAUUAUGAUCCUUUCAGAGGACUGCCCUCACUCCAGCCUGCUUGAGUGGUUCCCUUUCCAUGGAAUUCAGCAGAAACACAUUCUCAGGUUGGAGUAGUAUGUGGUUGCCUGGUGGAGGGCUUCUCCUCUGCCUCUGCUUCCCAAAGGCAAGCCUUUUCCAGGAGGCUCACUGGAUUGGGAGGCUGGAGUUGAGCUUGGUCCUGACAUCUGACACCAAAUAAGUCAGUCUACUCUCUGGGCCUGUUUCCAUCAGAAAGGGGCUGGACUAGAGGAUUUCUAAGUGCCUUUCCCCAGAAUCAUGGAUCCCCUCAAUCCAAAUGACCCUUCAUCUGCUUGGGCCAGAUGCAGCCUCUGUCCUCAGUCUCUGUGUUGUCUCAGUUUGGAAUCUAUUACAAGGCCCAGUCCCUGCCCCUCUGUGGGUCUUAGCCAUUUGCUGAAAGCCUCCCUUAUCCAACUUUUUCCCCACUGACAUUUUGUCCCUUACAUUUUGUAAGAGGUUCUACCCAAGACCAGUGGGUUCUCUUUUUUUAGCAUCUGGAUCAGACAUUCGGGCCCAAGGUUGGCUAAACACAAUCUUGACCAGGACUGCUUUCUAAAUUGCUUUGCCAAGGACUUAUGACUCCACAAGGAUCCUGUGCAUUGCCAAGGUCAGGCUUCUUGGGCUCCUUAUCCUCUGAUCCUGGAACUGGGAUCCCUGCCUGUCCCUCUGGGCUGGGAAUUUCUGUAGGGAAAGAUUUGUCCUCCUCCUCUGGCCAGGCCAGUGAGCAGGGCCUCUUCCUGGGACAGCUAAAGUCUUCUCUCCUCUCACCAUCUCUUGCAGCCCAACAAAAAUAAUGGCUAGUGGUACUUUUGCCCUGGACUCUAAGCAGGGAAUCAGCUCACUAGCAUAGAGUUCACUUCUCAAAUUGAACACGGACAUUCUCAGGUAAGACCCUUGAUGGCACAUUCUUGUUUGUGAAAACACAGACCAAAAGUUGGAAUGUCUGGUUAAAAAGCACCCGGCAUUCUGCUGCUAGCUCAGAACUUCCUUCUUCCAGGUACUCUCUCCUUCUAGUCUCAUGGCCUCUUAGAAGCCUUGACUCCCAGCCCACCAGGGAAGCUUCUUCUCAUGUUUAAAAAGAAAAAUUCUGGAUAGAUCUACCACACGAUUUGAUGGGUUUUUACAUUUGUCAACAGAGCUUAUCAUUUCAGGCUGAAAUCGCUGACAUCCGAUACUCAGUUUAUUUUCCCUGGUGUCCUGAGCCAGGGCUUAGGGUCUUACUUCCCUGCCUGGGGAACAUCUUCCAGGGCUUCCCUGAUCUGCUCGCCCAGAUGCCCUCAGAGACACAGGCUGCUCACUGCCAGCGGCUUUACAGCAGCAUUUCUGUCCCUGCUUCCACAUAUCAAGGGUAGAGAAAUAUUAAAAUCCAACCUCAGAACACCCUGUUAUUCAACCAAGAAAUUUUAGCUACUUUUUAUAUUUAUAAAGUGAAUGUGAACACAGCAAAAAUAAAUCCCAACAGUACCAAAGAGUACUGAGACAUGUCCCUCCCACUUCAGACUUGAGGCCUCCACCUCCCUCCAGAAAGGCAACCACUGUCAACAAUUUCUUACAUAUCCUUCCAGAAUUAUUACAGACUACAUAAUAGCUGUCUAACCACUUUAUUACAUAUGGGAGCAUACUACGCACAUUUCCUGUCCUUGUUUCCACCCCUCCCCAUGAAUUUAUUUGGAGAUCAUUCCAUUUCAGGACAUAAUAAGCUUGGUGCAUUCUUCUCCUUCAAUAGUUAACCGUGUUUUAAAAUGGGGGUAAAAUUAAAUUCUGUGAAAUCGCACACAUCUUAAGUGUACAAUUCAGUAAUUUAGACAACUGGAUACAUCAUAUAAGCAACACCCCAUUUCCACCUCCUUCCUUCCUGAAAGGUCCCUUGCCUCUUCCAGUAAUCUGCACCUUCCCUAGGCAACCACUGUACUGAUUUCUGUCACCACAGGUUGGUUUUGCCUGUUGAACUUCAUAUAAGUGAAUCAGACAGUGCAUUUUUUGUGUGUGUAUGAUUUAUUUUGCUUAUCACAAUGCUUUUGAAGUUCAUUCCUGUUGUUGUGUGUAUUCCCUCAUUCCUUUUAUUAUUGUUGCUAAGUGUUGUUCCACUGUAUGAAUAGGCCAGUUUGUUUCUUCUUCCUUGAUGCACAUUUGAGUUGUUCCAGUUUGGGGAUCUUCUGAAUAAAGCAUUUAUGAGAUUAUUUGCACAA